GGUUGUAUUUAGCUGUAUAUUACAAUUUAAGUGUAAUCACAUUUUUUGGUAUCAAUCUCAAAACCAUAAACCAUUUCUCAAUGGGAGUGAAAAACCUCUGGACUGUUCUGAGCUCAACAGGUGAAGUGGUGGCUAUUGGAAGUGCUGGGGCUCCUAUUUUGGGAUCACCAGCAUCAGAUUUGCCUGGAAACUCCUGUCUUGAUGGGAAAUGUCAUCCAUCAGGCCAUGAGGAAAGGGUUGAUGAAUUUACAGCCUUAGAAGACAAAUUGGAUAACCUUACCAUUACAAAUCCGACGAGAUCUCCUGAUGUCUCUACACCUUCAAUUGUUGAAGAUGUUGGUGUAUCACUGGCUGGGCAGGCUGUUGCCAUUGACUUGUCAUGCUGGGUUUGUGACUCGCAAGCCAAUGUUAACAUGCACUCGGUCAUCAAGCCUCAUCUCAGGAACUUGGUGUUUCGUACGCUGAGCUUGCUAAGUGUAGGCGUGUUGCCAGUGUUUGUUAUUGAAGGAGCUCCACCCGAGCUCAAGGCAAGCACCAUGCAGGCAAGAAAUCAAGCCCGGGGACAUGGCAGAAGCAGCUCCACAAAACAACCCAGCAGAAGACAGUUUAACUCAGUACUCAAAGAAUGCUGCGAGCUGUUCCGCCUGCUAGGAGUGCCCUGGGUGCAGGCUGCUGGAGAGGCGGAGGCGACAUGUGCUGCCUUGCUUUAUUCUCAAACAGUGAAAGCUGUGAUCACCGAGGACAGUGACGUCUUGUUGUAUGGAGGCUCGUGUGUCUUACGGAAUUUUUCAGUGCGGACCAACCGCCCCACAGCAGAAUUUUACACUCUCCCUCGCAUCCACCAUAAGCUGCACCUGGACCGUAACGCCCUGAUUGCGCUGUCGCUGCUGCUGGGAUGCGACUACCUCCCUGCAGGCGUCUCAGGAGUGGGUGUCGCCUCUGCCAUCAAGCUUGUCUCCCACUGGGGCAGAGAAGGCGUAGAUGCGCUGCAGAAGUUUGAUACGUGGGCUUCCAGUGCACGUGAUUUGACUGCACCGCGAGCAAAGUUUCGCAAAAACGACGACAUGGCGGAUUUAGAGGCGGCCAUCCGCGACCGCGCGGUGCGGACACCAGGCUUCCCGUUCCGGGACGUCGUGUCGGAGUUCCAGCGUCCGCUGGUCAUCCCUCAGCAGCUUAAGGACGACCUCGGCUGGGGGCAGCCCCUGGUUGCCGACUUCGUGGUGUGGUGUCAGCAGAAGCUGGGCUGGGAAGGCAGCUACGCCGUCAGCAAGGCGCUUCAGUUUGCCGGUCGUUGGUACGCGUGCCACGCUCCCCCCUGCCCCCCUUGCUUCCCUCUACAGCUGAAGCUCGGCAAGGUAGGCUCGAACCUGGCACUCUGCGUGGACUCAACCUUCGAGGGGAAAGAAAACAAAACGCCUUUCUGUUCCGCCAGCGUCAGGGAGAGUCGUCGAGACGAGUUUACUGAAAUUCCAAGCAUCAAAAGCAGCUCGGAUAUCACGAGACGUGCUUUAAAACCUGCUAACCAAGUUGCAGGUUCAAACUCUCAGUUUCGUGGCUCAAGUUCUGGUACUAAACCUGCACGCAAACAAUGUGAUUUCGAAGAUGAUGUCACAUGCACGUACGAGUCGUCAUUGUUGUCUAGCAGCGAAUUUCCAGUGGUAAAUUCCCAGUCUAGUUCAGUGUUAAGUGACUGGCAAAGCGCAAACUUCACAAAAGCGUCCAAGUUUAACCCGACACAGGAGCGAGAUUUACAUAGCGGGGAUUUUGACCUCUCUGUUUUCGACGAGGCUGAUGAAGAUUGUGUCCAG